UGCAGCUUGGGUUUAAGGAUCCCUCCGUGGUCACCCUGGUUCAAGUCAGGGACCCGGCGUGGGGACACAGGUGCGCUCCCUCGGGACAGGCAGGGGUCCCUGAGCACCCGUGUCCUCCAAGGGCAGCUGCAGGCGGCAGGAGUCUGGCCAGUGGCAGGGGGGUGGUGCUUUGGGGAGACAGAGCUUUGGGACCCCCAUGCGGAGGCCGGUGGUGUAGGGAGGCCCCCCUGAACUACCUGUGCCUCUGGACGGGAGAAGCCGGUCUCCCAGCUGCACAGACGCCUGCGGCUCGGGAGCCCUCUGCCAGGUGCAGGACCCCGGUCGCUGUGGAAGCUGCUGCCCGGCCCACGGCGUCAGACCAGCAGGACUGCGGCAGCGCCCCUCGGCCUCCCAGGGCCCACCCUGCAGGUCCUGAGACCACAGGCCGGAGCUCGAGCGGCGCCUGGGAGAUGCCCGCGCUGCCGGGCACUGUACACCCUGGAGCUGCGGACGCGGCAGCCAUCCUGCGGCCCCUCCGGGGCUCUGCACCCAGCCGGGCUUCCUGCGCCCCAGGCCUCAGUUGGCCAGGCACGCUGUGCUCAACGCCAGGAGUCUCCUGUCUCCCGUGACCUCCCGGGACUCCGUGUCUAGACUCCCCCGGAGCACCCUUGUCCGGCUGGAGCACAGACGACGUUGCCUGCCGUCUCCUCUGAAGACCUCCGGGGCUACAGCCCCAGUCCAGCCUGGAAGUUGGGUCCCUCCUCUGCCUUGGAUCCACCACAUGACACUCUCCGUGACCAGCGCCUCAGAUCCCCCAACUUCCCCCAGUUCUGCCACCACUGCCCAGCUCACACAUGCCUCACACCACGUGACCACGUGGCUCACGCACACCACACCUGCCUCGUGCCUACCGUGUGCCUCACAUGCACACCAUGUGCCUCACACACCGCCUGCCUCACGCCUACCGUGUGCCUCACACACCGCCUGCCUCACGCCUACCGUGUGCCUCACAUGCACACCGUGUGCCUCACACACCGCCUGCCUCACGCCUACCGUGUGCCUCACAUGCACACCGUGUGCCUCACACACCGCCUGCCUCACGCCUGCCACGUGCUUCUCACACCACACACGCCUCAUGUGCCUCUCGCAUCACACACGCCUCACUCGUGCAUACCACUGCAACCACAUUCCACAAUUCGGACAACAGGGUGGACUCAAGAGUGAGGGCCAAGGGUCUUUUAUUUCCGGGUCGGGUAUGGGUGGGAGUAGGAUGGGUGCCUCCCCCGGCCUGACAAGAGCUGCACCCCAAGAGACCAGCUACACCUCCCCCCGGGUCUGGCAUGCCCCCUUUCCCCAAGGAGUCCACCUGCCCUGGCACAGUCCUGUCCUGGCUGUGAACAGGGACUGGCUGUCCCAGGUGAGGCACUGGAGUCAGUUCUGCCUCACACGCGAGGCUCCAGGGGAGCCCCAGCCUCGGGACACCCACUGGAGGUGUCCCCGUGGGAGGAGGUCUGGGACGUGCACAAUGAUGGCCACAGUGUGGGCAAGACCCAUGAGGGCGGGCUGGAAGGCUGAGCAUGGCUCCAGCGGAACUGGGGAUGUGCUGUGGGGUCCCUGCAGGGUCCCGCCAGCAGACCACAGAAUGCCAGGGGCUUCAUGUGGCCGGCCCCGCUUGGCCCCCCUCAUCCUCCCUUCGUCCAGGUUACCCGAGCUCAGGGACACCUCUUCCCAGGAAUCAGCCCCUGGACCAGCCCCUUCUGGGGAGGAGAAGGCUUGA